AUGAUUGUGCAUCGAGAUAUUGCAUAUGAUGAUUUUGCGAAUAAAAUCAUUGCUUGUUGUAAAUUAAAGUGUGAGUUGGAAGAUAUUGUGAUCACUUACCUGCAUAGUUGUGGUGAAAAACAGAAGACGGCUCCUUUUAAGAUAAAUGAUCAACUUAGUUUAAGUACUUAUUUGGAAGAUGAGCCUAGAGGUGUUUUAAGGAUCUACAUGGUUGAAAGAUUGGUGGAGAAUCAUAAUUUAUGUGAUGACCAACAAGUGUUGAACGAUGAAUGUGGUAGGAUGAAUAUGAAUAUUCCGAAUGAAGAGCGUGAAGGCAAUCAUGCUCAAGAUGAUGGAACAGGUUUUUGCAAAGAUAUGUCGUUUAAGAAUAAACAAGAAUUAGAUAUUGCAUUGAAAAUUGCUUGUGUCAAAAAAGAUUUUAGAUUGAAGAAGGUAAUUAAUUCGUGUUCAGUGUAUUGUGUCAAAUGUGAGCAUCUUGAGUGCAAGUGGUGGCUAAGAGCGGUGAAAGUUGAAAAUUCGGAUAGAUUUUAUAUUAAAAAGUAUAAAAAGAUGCAUACAUGUGGCUCGAAACAUUUUACGAGUCAUAAUCCACAUGCCACAGCAAAAGUCAUUGGAGCAUACUUCAAAGAUAGAUAUCCUGAAGGUAAAAGUCCAUCUACAAAAGAUUUGAAAAACUCUAUCCGUAUUGAAUUGGAAUGCAAUGUUAGUUAUUGGAAAGUUUGGAUAGGUAGCGAGAUUGCAAAGUCUUUGGUAAGAGGGACACAUGAACAUGGAUAUGGAGUGAUUGAUGCGUAUAGUCAUAUGCUUAGGACAUCUAAUCCGGGAAGUAAAACGGCGUUGAAGAUUGAUGAAAAUGGCAGGUUCAAGUACUUUUUUGUAGCAUAUGGAGCUUGGAUUCUUGGUUUCGCACAAAUGAGAAAAGUCAUAGCUGUUGAUGGGACAUAUUCAAGAAGUAAAUAUGGUGGUGUGUUGUUGUCUGCUGUUGCACAGGAUGCGGAGAAUCAUAUUUUUUCGGUGGCAUUUUGCAUAGUAGACUCUGAAUGUGAUGCUUCCUACCGAUACUUUUUCGAGCAAUUGAGAAGUUUUGUACUUGAUACUCCUGAAUUGUGCAUAAUCUCUGAUAAACAUCAGAGUAUUAGAAAAAUGAUUUCAAUUGUAUUUCCUUUAGCUCAUUAUGGUUGUUGCAUGAGGCACUUCGGAGAAAAUAUUCGAAAUAAUUUUCACAAUGCGAGUGUUGUCUACCACUUUUAUAAGGCGGCAAAAGCAUAUAAUAUUGAUGUGUUCAGUGAUCAUUUUAAUCGGAUAAGAGAUUUGGUUCCACAGGCUGCCACACAUCUUGAAUGCGUUGGAUUUCACCGAUGGAGCAGGGCAUUCUUUCCCGAAAAUAGGUAA